AAGACAUUGAAGGCUCAAUGAAUCAACAUGAACAUCGCUGUGAGCUUCAGUUCCUUUUUCGAAAAAGGAAAAACAUUUAGGCCCAAAAAGAAGUUUUCGCCUGGAACGUUGAAAUAUUCCCUUCACAAGCAAGCUCAAGCAUCUCUGAAUUCUGGAGUAAACCUUCAAGAGGCAAUCAAGCUACCACCAGGGGAAGACUUCAACGACUGGUUGGCAGUUCAUGUUGUGGACUUUUUUAACCGAAUCAACUUGAUUUAUGGCACGGUUUGCGAACAAUGUACAGAUACCACGUGCCCUCGGAUGUCAGGUGGACCAAAAUAUGAAUAUUUAUGGCAAGACGGAGACAAGUACAAAAAGCCCACACAUUUACCUGCUAAUAAAUAUAUCAGCUUAUUGAUGGAUUGGAUUGAAUCUCAAAUCAACGAUGAAUCUAUAUUUCCCGUAACAACCGAUGUUCAAUUUCCCAAAAAUUUUGCGUCUGUGUGUAAGAAAAUUCUCACCAGAUUGUAUCGAGUAUUUGUACACGUGUAUGUGCACCAUUUUGACCGAUUAAUGAGUAUUGGAGCCGAACCCCAUGUAAACACUUGCUAUAAACAUUUUUAUUAUUUUGUAAUGGAAUUCUCCCUGCUGAACUCAAAAGAAUUGGAACCACUGAAGGAAAUGACCUUGCGAAUUUGUUGUGACUUUCAUGUUUCGAAUUAUAAUAAAUAACCUGUGGGUAUAUGGGAUAUUAUGGUUGCUACUA